CAGUCUAAAAUGGAUCCGCUAGAUGACUUCAGUAUCACGUAAUCAGAGUGUAAACAAACUCAUUUUGUAUUUCGAUGCUCAGUAUUAUUGUUGGAUUUUUAUAUCUAAUUAGAAACAUUAGAAAUGUUUUCUGUGCUUCCGAAUGAGAUCAUUUUUCAGUUAACGUCUUAUUUGAGCGACGAAGACUACCUUGCUUUUGCCACCAUAACUUCGGAUAUGCUGUCACUUCUAUCAUCCGAUAAAAAGUCACUAAAACUUCAGAAAUGCUACAACCUGUCAAUAGUUGACAUAGAGGAAUUUUUGGUGGCUAGUUCUAUAACAGGAUGCAAUAUUCAACAACUUGAUUUGAGCAAUUGUUACUGGUUGGAUGCUGAAUUAUUGACAAACACCAUCCUUGAAGUGUCACCUUCUCUUAAAAGUCUAUCAGUUCAAGGAACACAAAUCAGUAGCUACCAGCUUACUCAAAUUCUGAGAAAAUGUCAUUUAAUUUCAGAGCUAUCAUUCAGUCUAUGUAGACUGGAUUCUACUUUUUGGACUGAAGGAGGGUCCAGCAAAGAAGACCAAGAAGAUGAAGUCAAAGUAAACUUAGACUGUUCCAUUUUCUCUGAUAUUCAAGAAAGUUUGGGAAAACUUACUGUUGUUCACUGUGCAAUGCAAGAUGAUUGCUUGGUGAUGCUCAGUAUAUUUUUGUGUUUCUGCACAAAUUUAGAGUCACUUCACCUAGAAAUCGGUCCGAAAUGUCAAAUGGCGUUUGAUCGAAGUCUCUUAGAAAAUCAACAAAUAAGGACAUUGCGCCGUCUACUUCCAUCAUGCAGUAGGUUUCGCCAACUAACAUGCAAAAUUGCCAAUGAAAAGGAAAUAAUGGAUUUGUUGGCGCAAUUUAUAAACAACAUCCUAUCAAGAAAAAUGUGUCAGAUUGAUGAACUGUGGGCUCCCAACAUUUCAAUUGGACAGUACCUUCAAUGCCUUAAACCAACUUUAACAUCCUUACAGACAUCUGCCUCACACUUUGUUAUGUCUGAAUUUAAGCAAAUAUCUUCGCUCAGAACUUCCACGCAGCAGUUUUUGAGGCAGUUUUCCUCCGAUUUUCCGAGUUUAGAAAUGGCCAGUUUCCGCUAUGAUCGCGAGUGUUUUUUGGAAUUUUGUAACUUCCAUAGAAGGAUCAAAGUUCUUCAGGUGCAUCACUGCUUUCAUAAUAAUCUUUGUGAACCGGGUUCGGAAUUAGCGCAAGGUCUUGCCUUUUUAACCAGCCUCACCAAAUUUUCCACCAACCAUAAUUUUGUCCUUGAGAAAGAAGAAAUAUUUGGAAUUGUUUCUCCAAUUCAACAGUUGGUAAAUUGUGAUUUAUUGAACGAAGUUGAACUUGGAGUACCGACUUUUUCAGCGCUUGAUAGGGAUGUGAAGAUACCAACUCAUUGUGCUAAGAGUAGCUGUUUGACUUUAUUGUCUUGCUGUAAAAAGUUAACAAAGCUCACGUUGGCACACCUCAAAGUUGAUGCGCUUGACUUCAUUUCAACGAUUUUAUCAAAGUGUUUAAAACUGAAAUCCCUGCGCCUUACGAAAAUAAUCAGCGAUCACAUGCUGGUUUCCCAUGUCGUCACACAACUUAAAAAAGGAAUUCCGGAAGCCAAAAAUCUGGAAGACUUCAGAUGGGAGCUGGGAAACGACGAAUUCUUCAAUGAGUCCGACCCGUCAACCAAACAGUCGGUAGAUUAUCCCUUGAUCGGUCCUGAGGUACUUUGGGCUCUGGAAACAUCAUCUUCUCUACGACGAUUUGUUAUUAUUGGUGAUGAGUUCGUGAAAGUCGAUCUCAUGAGCAAAAAAUUCAACUGGACAUCAUUAGUCUUAGCUUGUGUCAUAUCGCCAAAUCUAACCCAGGAUGACACUGAUCAUUUUCUAAUCAACUCUUCUCAUCCUGCUUUUCAGUAUUACGUAGGGGAAUCAACAGCUGAAGCUAUUUCCAAAGUUUCUGCUAGUCAUGCCAACGAAAUGAUUAUUUUCGAGUCGCAAAUUGCAAAGCUUCCUUUGUGAUGAGCCGCAAAAACAACUUUGUUAACCGAGAGUAUCUAUUAUUUCUUAUUUCCCUAAAACCAAAACAUAGAAAAAACUCACGAUGAAAACAUGUCAAACAAAUUCGUGCCUCCUACCUUUUGUGAAUUAGAAACUAAAUCAAUGAAUAAGGCACAUAUUUAUACAAAGUCUUGUAUUGCAAUAUUACACUAACUUAUUUGAACAUGUCACCACUGCACCACAGAGAAAUAACAAGGAGUGGUAUUCUUAAAUGUACUUUUUUUUCAAACUCAGUAUGCAUUGAACAAAUGAAAAAUAUAUUGCAGGGAUUCACGAAGCUAAA